AUCAAAAAUCGAGAGAAGUACUCAUCUUACUACAUCGCACAACCUGCAGUACAGUAUGGGCCAACUUCUGGACACAACUGCUGCUGCUCAGAAAUGGAGCUCUUUCUUGGGGCACCAGGCACUGAUCAGCCUGGCCAUAUUUUGCAUAGUUUUCCUGGUUCUUCGGACUAUACUCCAGGAGGUAAAGGCAACUAAACGCCCAUUGGACUUUCCUCCUGGCCCAAAAGUGAUACCGUUUAUAGGGAAUGUGCCUCUGUUUAAGAAACCCGAUGUUGCCAUAGAGGAAGUUACGAAACAGUAUGGAGAGGUGUGCAGCGUAAUGGUGGGCAAGAUUUCCAUGGUGUUUGUGAGUGGCUACCAGGCAGUAAAAGAGGUCCUAGUGCAUCAAGGGCAUGCGUUUGCAGACCGGCCAAACAACCCCCUCAUUAAAAAAGUAAACGAAGGCCUAGGCAUUAUUUUUGCUCCAUAUGGAAAAUAUUGGAUGCAACAUCGUAGGUUCACUCUGUCAACAUUGCGGAAUUUUGGACUUGGUAAGUCAUCCAUAGAACAAACCAUUCAGACAGAGGUUGGCUUCUUAAUUGAGGCAUUUAAACAGAAAGGAUCGGCAUUUGACCCUCACUAUAACUUAAACAGUGCUGUGGGAAACAUAAUUUGUUCCAUGGUGAAAGGGAAACGGUAUGAAUACAGUGAUAAGCAGUUCCAGGUUUUUUUGCACCUCAUUGAAAACAAUCUUCAGCUCCAAUCAGGGCCGCUGGGAACUUUAUGCAACAUCUUUCCCUUCUUGAUCGACUUUCCUGGACCGCAGCAGAGAAUAUUCAAAAACAUGGCAAAAUCUAAACAGUUUAUUCGUGAUAUAAUAUCUGAACGCCAUGCAACAAGAGAUCCCCUCAAGCCAAUGUGCCUGAUUGACACCUACUUGUCUCAAUUGGAGAAAGAGGACAAUCCCAACACCAGCUUCUCAGAACAGAGUCUCAUCAUGUUGACGUUGGACCUUUUCACUGCUGGCGCAGAGACGACCUCCACCACAUUACGCUGGGGCCUUCUCUACAUGAUGAUGCACCCUGAAAUACAAGCCCAGUGCCAUGAGGAGAUUGACAAGAUUGUGGGAUCAGAUCGACUACCAUGCAUGGAGGACAGACACAGUCUGCCCUACCUGGAUGCUGUGAUCCAUGAGAUACAGCGCUUCAGUAACAUUAUUCCAUUCGGGGUCCCGCAUGCCACCACCACAGACGUCAAGUUACGCCAGUACUCGAUUCCAAAAGGGACGAUCAUACUGGUGAAUAUGAAAUCGGUUCUGAGUGAUGAAAAUCAUUGGAAAACCCCAUACGAAUUUAGUCCAGAAAACUUCCUUGAUGAGGAUGGCAAGUUUGUAAAGUCAGAUGCCUUCCUGCCCUUCUCUGCUGGUCCCCGUGUCUGCCUGGGGGAAAACUUAGCAAAGAUGGAGCUCUUCCUUUUCUUUGCAUCUCUUUUGCAGCAUUUUGAGUUUAUCUGGCCUGAUCUGGUCUCUCCACCAACCCUGGAUUAUAUAUUGCAGAUCACCAAGGCUCCAAAAUCUUACAAAUUGGGGCUUCAUCUCCGCAAUUGAACAUAGUUUAAAGAGUGCUGUAGUGUGUGCUGGUUUGAGUCUAUAAUGUCCAAGCACACAUGCACGCAUUGGAAAUAGAUUAUGUAAAACAACAAUACAUCACGAUAGGUGAAAGAAAUGGUAUAAAUCUGUUGUACAACAAUGAGUGAAUCAAUUUAACUUUUUCUAGUAAAUCGUUUAAUCAUAUGUUACGUUAGUUUAUAGAUAGAGAUGAUAGUUUUCUACAAACAUCUUCCAUUACUUCAGCGAAUUUGCCCAAAAAUAGUUAACCUUCAUUUCAUACAUUCUUUCACAAGUCACCCGGGGCCCGAGUACAUAAACGUAGAAAUAGAUAAUGAGACAAUGCUCCCCUGUUCAUAGUCUAUUUAUAGGUGGCAGUGAAAUUUCUGGUGACAAUUACAUUGUGACUUUUUCAAGCAUUUUAU